AGUGCCGCUGAAGGAUCUCAAGCUUUGUCUUCUGUUGAGUAUCUCGAAGUGCUAGGUCUCUCGUUGGAACUUGGGUUGUCAUCGGUCUGUCCUGAAAAAUACAGACCUCUUCAGGAGUUUGUCCUGGAGUGGCUGAAAUUUUAACAAACCAGAAUUUAAUGACUUUUUGAAGAUAAUGACCCUGUAGGUUCAUGUUAACCCAUGAGAACCAACCAGACAACGUACGGAUGGGUACUGUGCACUGAAGAUAACCGAGUACAUACGCUUCAUAAAAUAAGCUGUGACCAUGACUACUGAAGUGGGCUCUGCGUCUGAAGUGAAGAAGGAGCCUGACCAGUUAGGAGCAGAUGCAGCCCAGGAGAAACCUAAAGAAGCCGCAGAAAAUCAGCAGCCUCAGCCCUCGGAUGCAGAGGAGGAGAAAGGUCCCCAGACGUCUCCUACAGCUGAAAGCCAAAGUAGCCCGCGCCGCCAGAAGAGGGAGAAGGAGCCGUCCGACAGCAGGGGCAUUUCUCGGUUCCUUCCCCCGUGGCUUAAGAAACAGAAGUCCUAUAACUUAAUCGUGGCCAAAGAUGGAGGAGAGAAAAAAGAGCCUACCCAAGCUGUUGUGGAAGAGCAGAUUUUAGAUAAAGAGGAACCUUUUCCCGAAGAAGAAAGGCAGGCCAAGGGCAGCGCAGAAGUAGCAGCUCAGAGGAAACAGCAGGAGACGAAAGUGGACGUCAAGGAAGAGAAACCAGCCGUGCGUGGCCCUGAGACACAGCCUGCUGAAGAAGUGAGUAAGGAGAGAGAAGAGAAGGUGAAGGAAGUGCAGGACGACAAAUCAGAAGAAGCCGCCAGAAGGGAGACAAAGGAAGUGCAGACCAACGAGCUGAAAGCAGAGAAGGCCUCUCAGAAAGCCCCCAAGAAGACCAAAACUGUGCCGUGUAAGGUGACCCUACUCGAUGGCAGCGAGUACAGCUGUGACCUGGAGAAACGCGCGAAGGGCCAGGUGUUAUUUGACAAAGUGUGCGAACAUCUCAAUCUCCUGGAGAAGGACUACUUUGGGCUUCUGUUCCAGGAGAACCCUGAGCAGAGGAACUGGCUAGAUCCCGCAAAAGAAAUAAAGAGACAACUGCGAAAUCUUCCCUGGCUGUUCACCUUUAAUGUGAAGUUUUAUCCUCCUGAUCCUUCUCAAUUGACUGAAGAUAUCACCAGAUACUUUUUGUGCCUUCAGCUCCGGCAGGACAUCGCCUCUGGCCGCCUGCCCUGCUCUUUUGUCACUCAUGCCCUCCUGGGAUCUUACACACUGCAGGCUGAACUUGGGGACUACGACCCAAAAGAGCAUGGCAGUAAUGACCUCAGUGACUUCCAGUUUGCCCCGAACCAGACCAAGGAGCUGGAAGAGAAGGUGGCGGAGCUGCACAAAACCCACAGGGGCUUAUCUCCUGCACAAGCUGAUUCUCAGUUCUUAGAAAAUGCAAAGAGGCUUUCCAUGUACGGUGUUGACCUCCAUCACGCCAAGGACUCAGAAGGCGUGGACAUCAAGCUGGGCGUGUGUGCCAACGGGCUCCUCAUCUACAAAGACAGACUGAGAAUCAAUCGUUUUGCCUGGCCGAAAAUCUUGAAAAUUUCCUAUAAGCGCAGUAACUUCUACAUCAAAGUCAGGCCCGCAGAGCUGGAACAGUUUGAGAGCACCAUUGGGUUCAAACUGCCAAACCAUCGGGCAGCAAAAAGGCUAUGGAAGGUGUGUGUGGAACAUCAUACUUUCUACAGGCUUGUGUCUCCAGAGCAGCCACCAAAGGCCAAGUUCCUGACCUUGGGGUCCAAAUUUCGCUACAGCGGCCGCACCCAAGCCCAGACGCGCCAGGCGAGCACCCUCAUUGACCGGCCUGCGCCGCACUUUGAGCGCACCUCCAGUAAGCGGGCCUCCAGGAGUCUGGAUGGAGCUCCGAUUGGUGAUGUGGACCAAAGUCUUAUGAAGGAUUUUCCGGGCCCCGCUCGGGAUGUUUCAGCAUAUGGCCCAGGAGUCAUCAGCCCUGCUGUGGCAGAAGAUGGCGAUGGCAGAAGGGACGUCAGAAGCCCAGCUAGAGCCCCACAUGUGCAACUCAUUGAAGGAAAGAAAAAUUCCUUGAGAGUAGAAGGGGAUAAUAUUUAUGUCAGACAUAGCAAUUUAAUGUUGGAGGACCUGGAUAAGGCCCAGGAGGACAUUCUGAGACAUCAGGCUAGCAUUAGUGAACUCAAGCGCAAUUUUAUGGAAUCCACACCUGAGCCGCGCCCCAAUGAAUGGGAAAAACGACGUAUCACACCUCUGUCCCUACAGACACAAGGGAGAAAAGGAGACCAUCUUUUCAAGGAUAUUUUAUCCACGAAGGAGAAGCAUCAGAUGGUGGCAACACGGACAGUCGAAGAAACAGCCCAGGAGGCAGACAAGAGCCUAGAAGAGGAGAUAACAUCAAUUUUGUUUAGUGAAAAGGGCUUUUCUGAUGGCGUGAGAGCCACCUUCACCCCAGCCACCACUCGGACAGCAGAGGGCGCUGUUGUGAACUCUAGUGCCCCUUCUGAAAGGCUUGCUUCCUCGCCCUCCUCACAGUCGCCUGAGAAACGUGCUCCCGAGUCCGAAGGGCCUUGCACUGGAGCCAGUGAUGCUGUUAAGAGUUCACAUGAGACUCUGAAUGUAGUGGAGGAGAAGCAGCAGGCAGAGGUUGGGAAAGACAAAGACGAAAGAGUAAUCCCAGAAGAAGUGAACGGUAAAGAGAGCUCACCUGGGAGUGGUCCUGGGGAGAGGCGUAAGGUGGAGCCUCUGACGCAGAAAGACUCCACCUCCCUGUCUUCUGAGAGCAGCAGCAGCAGUGAGAGCGAGGAGGAGGAUGUGGGAGAGUACCGGCCCCACCACCGUGUGACCGAGGGCACCAUCAGGGAGGAGCAGGAGGAGGAUGAAGAAGAGGUGGAGGAAGAACCCGGCCGAGCCGCCAAGGUAGUAGAGAGGGAGGCCCCGGUGCCGGCGGCCAGUGCAGGCCCGGCGGGGGCCGGUCUAAGCUCGGUAGAAACAGUGACCCAGGAGCAUGUAGUUGCCCCCAAGAUCCCUGCAGAGAAGAGCCUAAACGAAGGUGCCAUUGAGCAAGCCGUGAGCGAAGAAGCAGAGGACCAGCGUCAUGCAGUUAACGGAGAGGUGUCUCAUGUUGACAUUGAUGUUUUGCCACAAAUUAUUUGUUGUUCCGAGCCACCAGUGGUAAAAACAGAGAUGGUAACAAUUUCUGACGCCUCCCAAAGGACAGAAAUCUCCACCAAGGAAGUCCCUAUUGUCCAAACUGAGACCAAAACCAUCACAUAUGAGUCUCCGCAGAUUGAUGGCGGGGCUGGUGGUGACUCAGGCACGUUACUGACUGCACAAACCAUCACAUCUGAGUCCGUGUCGACAACGACAACCACACACAUCACCAAGACUGUAAAAGGUGGAAUAUCUGAAACAAGAAUUGAGAAACGCAUUGUGAUCACGGGAGAUGCAGAUAUUGAUCAUGACCAGGCGCUGGCCCAGGCCAUCAGGGAAGCCAGAGAGCAGCAUCCCGACAUGUCGGUCACACGAGUGGUGGUGCACAAAGAAACUGAGUUGGAAGAAGGGGAAGAAUAAGUGAGAAAUUCAUUUUUUAAACAACAGUCAACUUUGUGAACCUGAAGAAUUUUGAUCAUUCCAAGUCUUAAUGCCACACCACUACUCCAGCGAAUUUAUACUACGACUGGUAACGAUGACCAGAGCCUGAAGAAUUAAAAUGCCAACACCAAACCUUACCUUAACAGCUCUGGUCUAUACUGUUCCCUCGCAUUUUAAUACAUUAUUUUGUUUUAUAACCACUUCUAAAUAUUCUUGGUUCUUUCUUUUUCUUUUUUUUUAAAUUAGGGAGUUUUGUGUUUGGUUUCUGUUUACUUUGUGUACAACUACCUGCUUUUUAUGACUCACUUUGAUCAAUGACAGUGAACAAAGCCAGCGCAGGCUGGUGAGGUGCCGUUCACUCGAACAGGUGCUGUUGUGCGGAAAGGAAACUCUGCGACUAAUCCCGAUACUUUCCUUCUUCCGGAUUCUCCCCGUUGAAUUCUCACAGCAGAUAUUUACAGUUUUCAGAUGGCAGUAAAUAUACCGUAUGAGAAAAUAUUAGCACAGAUUAAAAGCGUUUCUCACAUCUUGAAAAUUUCCUAAUGUUUGAGAAUUUCCUUGGGGAUAUUUUUUAUACUGAACCCUUUUGACUCUCCAGUCCUGUGACUUUGUGCUUCUAGUAGAAAGUCAGAGAAGCCGCAGGCUGGAGAAUUAGGGAAGUUCGCCGAGCGCGCGCUGUGUUGGAGGCCGUGCCGCACCACAGUGCCAAAGCUCCUCCAACGCGGGCUCUUCGCAGCAUUCCAGAACAGGCGGGAGGAGGCGAGAGGACAGUUUCUUCCCUUCUACUAAAACGUUCAGGCAGCUUAAAACCUUAGUGCUUUCUUUCUUAACAUGUCCAAAUUUCAAGACUUCCCAGCAGUGAACGCUCGUGUAGAACACUUGCUUGUAUUAAACCUCCUGUCUCCGUGUAGAGCUGACCUUUGUCGUUGCGCAGUCCGUCUCUUUCAGACAGUUUGAUGAUUCCCGAGGCGUGAGGACACUGGGGGGCGGUGGUGGUUUUUGAUGGUUGUGAGAAAGCUGUACCGUUUAAAGCUGACACCAGAGACCUGAUAGGACUUAUUAACUGUAUUGAACAUUUUUUCCUCUGCUUUGACCUUAUGUAUAGUGAUGAUCCAGAUUAGAUUUAUAGCAGCUUCAAGUUGUAUUAAAUGGUAUUUUGCUUUCUGUAAUACUGUUAUAAAAUAAAGUUUGUUUAUUCUCUAAA